AUGCUUUUACCAUCCACGGCAACGUUGCUGCACCCAUCUCAUUCGGCAAUACAUACCUUGGCAACAGUGAAUUUCUCCCUAUCACAGGCGGCUACUUUGAAGGCCCAAAACUUUCCGGGAGAGGUUGUCCCUGGAGGUGGAGACUGGAAGGUCCUGCGUCCAGAUGGAGACACACAUAUCUACGCCAAGUACGCCUUGAAAACGAACGACAGUGUGUACAUCAACAUCCUCAAUGAGGGAGUCGGCCGUACGGUUCCGCUCGAAGACAAGGAACAGGAAGAAGCAGAGGAGAAGGAAAAUGGACAAGUAUAUGAUGGGAAUGGGCCGCCCACGAUUCGAACUACGCCGGUUUUUGAGGUGGAUGUCCAUAGCACGCAUGCUUGGUUGAAUGAUUGGAUUUUUGUUGCUGAUGUGAAGGCAAUCAAUUCAACUUUGGUGGAUGUUAUUGUCUAUGAGGUUUUUGACAGUGUGAAACACUAG